CAAACCAGGAGGCGGCGGCUGUGCAUUUUCGCCCCCUUCGGCAGGCGGAGCGAGGAGGGUAGCCAGAAGGACGGGCGCGCGCAGGCAGGCAGGCAGAGACGCGACCAGCCAGGAAGGGGUUGUGACUGGCCCAGCCCAGUUGCAGCUCGAGGCGGAUCGUGGAGGAGGAGGAGGAGGAGGAGGAGGAGGGAGACGGCCUGGCUCGUUCGCCGUUGGCGGCUCGGAACGGCUGGGCUGCGAUUUCCCCUCGCCCGGCCCGCGCAUACAUACACACAUACCUCCUCCCGACUCCGGCGACGCCCAUUCUGGGCUCGGUCCGGAUGUGCAACAGUUUCCCUGAAGUUGCGCCCGGAGCUAGCUAAGGCUGACGGGCGGGAGGUUCUUUAGCGAAAGGCUGGAAGGGCGAGAGCAGCCCGGCUGGUAGGCAGCUCGCCCCGCUUGAAAAGCCGGAGAGGGCGGGCGUCCAUCCAUCCAUCCCUCGGCUGCGCUGGCAGGAGAUGCUCGGAGGCGCCGUCCUUUCUGUCCUCUCGGCGCUGCGGCUGCUCCCGUUAGCUUCUCUCUCUGGGCGGGAGCCCAGGAUGUCCUCCUGAAGGCCGGGAGAGAGCGAGGAAGGCUGGGCUGUGCUCUUCCAGUAUGGGCGCCAAACAGACCAAGGGUUGCUCGCUGCCCGGCUCCUCCGGCAGCGGCAGCAGCCCCCAGGGUCCCCUCUCCGCCAGCCGCCGACGGAUUUUGCCUUCUCGGGAGCGCGGAAACUUCUUGGCGUCCCUCGUAGUACGAUCGAGCGAAAAGUUUAGCAAGGGGUCUGGCGGCGGCAGCCUCCCCCCGUACCAUCGCCGGAUCGUCCUGAUCCAAGAUAUGCUGAGGAUGGUGAAACAAGGCAGGCAAGAGGAGGCGACUGAUCUGCUGAAGUACCUGCGCCAGGAUUUGGGAAUGGAAUCGACUUCACUGGAUGAUGUCUUAUAUCGCUAUGCCAGCUUUAGAAACCUUGUUGAUCCAAUCACCCAUGACCUGAUCAUCAGCCUUGCCAGAUACAUCCACUGCCCUAAACCAGAGGGGGAUUCACUAGGGGCUAUGGAGAAGCUCUGCAGGCAGCUGACUUACCAUCUCAGCCCCCACUCUCAGUGGCGACGCCAGGGCAUGGUGAAGAGGAAGCCGCAAGCUUGUUUGAAAACGAUCUUGGUGGGGAAUCCUCAGGACAACACUGUGGACUUGUCUGGCAUCCCUUUGACCAUGAAGGAAUUAGACAGAGUUAUCUCGUACCUCCAGCACAGCUCUGAAUAUAUUGAAAAUGUGGAGCUUUGCUUCACUGAGAUGACAGAUGAGACGUUCCUCCAGCUUUUGCCAGUUCUCAGUGCCCUACCUCGUCUCACAACUCUUUCCCUUAAUGGCAACAGGCUUACAAAAGCCGUUCUCCGGGACCUGACUGAAGCAUUGAAGGACACCAGAAACUUCCCCAGCAUGACUUGGAUUGAUCUGGGCAAUAAUGUGGACAUAUUCUCUCUGCCACAGCCUUUUCUGGUUAGCCUUAAGAAACGAAGCCCUACCCAAAGCAAUCUCCCAACUAUUCUUGAAUUUGGUGAAAGUCAAGUGAGUGACCUUGAGAGCCAAGAAGGUCUUUCCUCACAGGAUGAAGACCAAAAUGAUGGCCUGGAAGACACGAAGCCCAGGCAGGUAUGGACAGGUGAAGCUAUUGAGGUUAAGCUGCUGCCAAAUGAAUCUACAAAUCAAGAACAUUUGUUUCAGACAUGAAAUAAAGAGUUCUCUCUCAUUUGUCUAGGUCCCUAGGAUUUGCCAAAUGGAUCCUUU